UACAGGUCUCCGCCUCGACUGUGGCUUCUGUGCUAGCCUUCAUGUCACUGGGUUUUCUUCAAUUGCUUUCUCGAACUUCCAAGAAGUCGAGUCGAAUCACGAAUUUCAAAUCACGCCUAUCUUUCUGACACGUCAUCGCCAGGAGAGACCGCAGCUCCCGUUUCGAGAACCCUUUCUUCGAGCUUCUUUUCUUCCUCUUCAACCUUCAUCAAAAAGUUCAAGUAGAAUGGAAGUGGUCAAGUGGUCGACAUUUUGUUUCUUCGUCAUUGAUUGAAUGCCUUUGAGGGCGUAGCAGCAAUUCUUAUUCCCGUGGUUGUUGGGCUCUCUGCCAUCUCGAAUCGAAUCAGCCUACUAGCAAGUUUUUGUUUCAACUUUUUCAGAAAAAAAUACACCAUGACAAUCAGCCUCGUAAUGGUGUCGGCCCGAGGCCAAUCGUUGGCCAAAGCUGGGUUUGCCUCGAUGGUGAAAAAACAACGCUUUUCCACCCGCACGGUCCUCCGACCCAAAAGUCCCAUCCUGUCGACUCCUGCUCCAGAAAGAAUCAAUUCCACUUGGAUGAUGCCUGCUCUGUUGGUGGGUGGCUCAUUGAGGGCGACCACUGCCAAAUGCGAAGAAGCAGAGACGGUGGCGACGCGUGGCAUUGUGGACCCGAACAUGGCAUUUGUCUAUAAACGAGCAUUGGCCAAAGCACACAAGCAACAUCUGGCGCAACAAGGUUGGAUUCGUUAUUGUCAACGAGCCCUGCGCAUGUUGGUGCGAGCCGCCAAACUCAUGUGCACGUUGGCACCCGUCAUGGCACUCUAUCCGUUUCGGAGACUCUUGUUGGGAAGCUCUCAUCAUGACAAUCAUAGCCAAGAAAACAAUAGUAAAGUGGAUGUCCACGCAUUGGCAUUGCACGGUGAACAACAAAUACAAUCCGGGGGGGCGCUCAGUUGGUACUUGGAGCUCUGUUUGGGAUGCGUCGAAUGGAGUGGUGCUGCCGUCAUCAAGUGCAUGCAAUGGGCCGGCAGUCGACCCGAUAUGUUUGGACACGAUUUUUGUGCUGUCUUUUCCAGACUCCAAGAUAGCACUACACCACAUGCCUGGAGACACACGGAACGCAUGUUGCAAGAAGCAUAUGGCGACAACUGGCAAGACAGAAUCAAAAUUAAACACAAAAACAAAAGUAUUCUGGGGAGUGGCUGCAUUGGACAAGUCUACAAGGGACAAGUGCUAGAUCAAGAUGGAAACCCCAUGGACGUGGCAGUCAAAGUCUUGCACCCCAAUGUCGUGUUUGACAUUGAUGCCGAUUUGGAUCUGAUGAGAUUCUUUGUACGAGCCGUGCAAAAACUUCCAUGGGACGUUUUCUCCAAUCUCAAAUGGCUCAACUUAGAGGGCGCCGUCGAAGAAUUUGCCGAUUUGCUCAAAUUACAACUGGACUGUCGCGUCGAAGCGGCCAAUCUAGAACAGUUCAAUCGAAAUUUUGCCGAUUCCGAGCACGUGGAGUUUCCAAAACUGGUCGACGGAUAUGCUCCUUCCAAAAACGUUCUGAUUGAAACAUUUUGCGAAGGAAUACCCGUCAUUCAAUUUGCCAAGGAAAACAAGGACAACCAAGAACUGCUCUCGGAAAUGUGCUUUGCCGCAAUCGAGUCGGUUUGCAAUAUGAUCUUUUUGCACAACUUUAUGCAUGGGGACUUGCAUCCAGGCAAUGUGUUUAUUGACCCCAAAAGGAAAAAGAUUGUUCUCUUCGACGUUGGUAUCGUAACGGCGUAUUCCGAUGACGACUACGAGAAUCUUGUGGAUAUCUUGGCGGCCCUUAUUCGACGUCAAGGACGAAUGGCAGGGCGUCUCAUGAUUGACAGCUCCAACCGACUACUCCGGGAAUCGGCGGACCAUGCCAUUGAUGAAGAACUAUUCAUCGACAAGAUUGCAGCCAUGAACAAAAAGGCGACAAGUAAAGACUACCUCAUGGAGAAUCUUGGGACGUACAUAACAACCAUCUGCCAAGCUGCUGCUGAUCACCACGUACUCAUCAACCAAGCUUUCAUCUCGUCGUGCCUCGCCGUCAAGAUUCAAGAAGGCAUUGCCAUUGCGCUCGACCCGUCCAUCCAAAUAUAUAAAGUUGCAACACCCAUCAUUUUUGAAAGCGAACGUCGACGAGGAAUUGAAAAGGCAAAGGGCAAGGCGCAGGACCUCGUUGAUGGCAUUGGAACUAUGUUCCAACACAAGAGCGAAGGCUUUGUGUCAACGUCAGCACGCUAACUAACAACUGGCAACAAUACAACGGUCCACGCCAUGCGACAUGGCAACCAAUGACGACAAUCAUGACGCAACCGGUAUCGUACACUGUACUGGUACGGUACUCCCUCGUAGCGACUAACGCGGUUCGUCAGUGGAUUCUGGUGAACGAUUGUCGCAUCUACAGGAGCCCAACGAGAGUCGGGCACAACAGAGUCUAAGGAUCUGCUACAGGAUGGCGACAAUCAUAGACAAACAUUUUUUAGAGUUAUGUAGGAUGCAUUUAUUUAUUC